AUGGCGCACGGCAGGUCACUGCUAUCGCUUGACGGCCACGUUGCCAUACCCCGCAGCUACGUGCGGGCAGUAGGACGCGGGCUGCGGAAUGUGCUGCAGCGACGGUCCGGCAUACCUGCACCGCACGGUCCACGCUGCAUGCUGGACGAGGCCUUGCAUCACGCGGCGGCGUUUCAAGAGCGAGCGGCGAGGCGCUGGACAGCAGCGGCGCUGGGCCCAGCCCAAUCUCACGGGAGUCAUGGGCCUUACCUGGGAGGGACGCAGUCCAUAGAUGCUGCAUCUCCUCUAACGCUGCAGCAUCUGGCGAGCGUCGUGGAGGCAAGUGAGGCCGUGCCGCCAGAAGCAAACAAAGAAGAACAGAUUUCCCUAAGCUUCGUUGAGAGGCAGCAGGCAAGGCUGCAUGCUGCGCUACAGCAGUGGGUCUUCUACGCCGGCUUUCGCUGCAGUCAAGCCGAGUUUGUCGCGCGGCAAUCUGACGUGGCGAAAGUACUUUUGCUCGCACCGCUUCGAGUGAUUCCCUCGAGUCACAGCAGCCCUGCAGGUGCGAAGAAUCUGGAGGCCUCUGUUCGACGCCGUGGUGCACGGGCGUAUGUCGACUUACUAGUGCACCAUAAGUUGGCCAUGCGGCAGGAAGAAGAGUGGGCGGCGUUGUGCAAGACAUGCUCCCCCACACGGGGGGAGUCGCAAAAAAGUAUGGUGGACAGGAGUGAUCUGCUUCGCGUGAUGGUGUUGCCAUUGCUUCGGUCUUCCAGCCCCGAUGCGUCGUGGGAGCGAAGCCUUGCGGUGCUCUCGUGGGCAAUGCAAUUCCGCGGCCAGCACCAGCUGUCCAAGAAGCAGCGGCCACAGCAGCAUAUUUCCUCUGUCGAUAUCGCGGAGGUUUUACAGCAGUACGCGCAGCAUUUUGGUGAGCGGAUGCAGGUGCCAGGGCUCACACACAACGACGACGGCCAAGCCUCACUGGUGCUGGGCACUACGGCCGAACACGCCGUCGUGACGCGGCUGCAGCAGUGGUGGGUGGCCGCGCGUAAGGCGGAGCAGCGAGACCCCAAGCUUGCUGAGCUCUGCGGGCUCGAUCGCACGGAGCAGGACCGCAUUCACGUAGAGGGCAGAAAGGUGACGCUGAUGACGUCCAAUGAGGCCUCCGCAGGGGUCGACGCCGCGUUUGCGGAGCUGCUCCUGCAGGGGCGCUGGGAAGACGUCUUGCAUCACAUUGAGCGCAUUGCCUCCAACGCGCUGCGACGUCGUAAAGCCCCGGUUGAGCAGCAAAAGGCAGAGAACGAGGACGAUGCCGGCGCAGACGCCGCACUAAAUGCGGAUGUGGUUUGUGUCCUAGGUGAGGCGCAGGAAGAGCGUCAAUUCGCCAGUGGGGACGCCGCGCCGUCGACAGCCGAUGUUCUGGCUACGUUCUUCAACAGGCCGCGCCCUGUUGUUAUGAAGGGCAAGCUGUGGGUGCACAGCACCGCAGCACGUCUUGGGCGCGUCCCGCAUGCGCUGCUCACUGCUGCUGAGACACCAGCCGAAGCGGAGCUGCUGCGUCAGCCCCCCACAGCAGGUCUCCACUCGCGUCGUGGCAUCACCGAUGCGCGAGGGAAGAUAAAAAGCAAGGGAAACGCUGAAAAAUUCUCUGCUUCCGCGCUAGUGGAACUGCGCCGCAAGAUGUGGAUUCUUUUUCAGCUUCCACAGCAUGUGCCACACUCCAUCGUGCGGUUUGAGGGCACAGGUGCGGCUAUGCUGCCGUACGUGCGGCGUUGUCUCGCGAAGGAGCUUGCCCCGUGGCUCCUGCUCAGCACCAUUGCCGCUGCUGCGCAACAACAACGGCUGGGAGGCGUCCAAGAGGCUCUACAUCGGGUCCGCAUGCAGACGCUUUACACACUCUUUUCCCCUGUCCCAUACUAUGCUGCAUUUCAGGAAUACACUGCAGACUUGCUCAUUCAGUUAGGCAACCUAUUGGCCCCACCGGCAGUGAUGCGUGAGGCGGUGCGCACAAUUUUGCGUCCACCGUCGCUCCGUCACUUCUACGAUGUACGCAAACGGCGGCGGAUUCCAGUUGAGGUUGCGUGCCGUCGGUUGUGGUGGGGGUCGUUAGAAAAUGCAGUGGACGCAGAGGAUGAGAUGGUGACAGGCUCCAAUCUUUCACAGCCUGCCGUUUGCAUCUUGGAGCAGCUGCGGCGUGACCCAGAUGCAUUGAAGGAGUUCGCUGUGUGUAAGGCCGCGAGCUUGCGGAACUACCACGUCUCCACAUGGAUUGAGAGCUGCAGUAAGGUGGAGACGCUGGUGGGACUGCUGGACAUCCUCGUGCGGGAGACAAACAUGUAUGGGCCUCCGCUUCUCUCUCCAGAAGUGGCAUCUGCGUUGCUCACGGCAGUUCUCCUCCACCUCCUCCCGCGCUACUCCGCUGCAGGUGAAAAGAAACAAACGUCUGCCACCGCAGACGCGCUGCGUGCACUUGGUUUUGUGUACUUUGUGGUGCCUGCCGAGCAGGCCCUUGGUGUCGCGCCGUACUUCAAGGGCAUCUACCAUGAACGCUACAUUACCGCAACCUCUGUUGAUUGGGCUGCGGGGUGGAACGGGGCGGAGGCGCUGCUAGUGGGUCGUUCGAUUCGCCGCACAACGAAGUACCCCACGACAACCACGGAGAAGUUCUUUCGCGUCACGCAGCCGCAGCGGGAACGGGAACCCCAUCUUGGCAUCCACUGCUGCCCUACAGUGUCGUACCGCGUGCCGGAGCUGCGACUACGCCUUAUGGUCGUUGACCUCCUCGAGGCGGCACGAUACUUCGAGGAGCAAAGACAGCGGCAGAGCGAGGAACUGGCGGUGCCGGUGUCGUCGCAGGGGAAACGCACGGAGCCCGGCGCCAAGCCUGACAUUGUCGCACGCCACUUACCGUUUGGUGUGGUGGCGGUGAACAAACCGGCCGGGGUGAGCACGACAUUGCACGCGGUAUACCCUAACCUCCUCAAUUUUCUCGCUCGGUGUGUGCCGUGGAAGGGAGUCGAUAUUCCCGUUCUCUUCCAACACGGGCUAGUCAACCGCAUAGACGUGGGCACAAGUGGCCUGGUGCUGGUGACCGACACGGAGCCGUCACUGGUGGCAACGCGGCGUGCCAGUGUCGUGGACCGUUGCGUGGAGAAGACAUACCGGGCCCUCGUCCUGCGCUGUCCCUUGCCGACGUCGCGGAUGGGGCGCGAGGAGUUUUGGUACCUCAACCCCCAAGGCGUUAUCACACGCAACGUCCUUGCCAAUGGCGCCGACUACUCACUGCAGCUCGCGGCCCACGACACCAAGCGAAAACGAGGACUGCCGCCUGCAUCCAUGGACCGGCGUCCGGCGACAACGGUGUACCGUGUGCUGCGCUACUACCCCGCCAGUGGGGUGUAUGACGUGGAGGUGCAGCUUCGCAGCGGACGCCGGCAUCAGAUCCGUCAGCACUUUGCCCAGCUUUGGCAUCCGCUGGUUGGUGAUGGUCGCUAUCACGCGCGGGCAAAGGCACAGGGAGAACGAAUGGGGCUUCUUCGGCCCGCGCUACAUGCGUCCCGUAUUACGCUCCUGCCGAUUCCCCUUGACACUGCGCGGCAUGCGCCUGUGGACGCGGUGCAUGUCUGGGAAUCGAACUCGGAAAAGACGGUCGUAGAGUGCCCGUUGCCGGAUGACAUGCGACGCGCACUGUGUUGGUUGCAGGAGCUGGAGGAGAAACGAGGAGGCAGAGAUCACAUGUAA